ACACAUGAUAUAUCUAAUAUCCAUAAUUUACCAGAUUUAAAAACCCCAGAGAUGGGCAGUUCUCUUUCUCUUUGAAGAAAGUUAUUGGAUCAGACUUGAUUGAUUGAAUUGGAAGAUGGGUUUCUCUGUCACGACCCUCAUCUUUGCUUUGGUGGGCCUAGUUGCUAGUCUUUCUACCAGAAUCUGCUAUAACAAAGGCCCUUCUGCUAAUCUGCUCCACUUGACAUUGGUAAUGACUGCAACAGUUUGCUGCUGGAUGAUGUGGGCGAUUGUCUACCUUGCACAGAUGAAUCCACUAAUUGUUCCAAUCCUGAGCGAAGGGGAGUGAGAUGGCCGCGUCUUUAUGAAUUACUAGCAUUUUGCCAAUGGAUUGGUUGCUUCUGAAUAUAUGUGCCAUUUAUUUAGGCUUUUAGUUCCAUAUAUAUUGUGAGAUUAUAUGAACCUGGAUGAAAUAAUAAGAUUGAAAGGUGUUUGUUUGUUAUACUUACAAAUCAUCCGUUCAUAAAGAGUUAUUUGCUUUAAGUUGUAAAAGCUCUGUGUUGCAUAUAUAUUGUAAGAUUAUCACAUGGACCUGGAUGAAAUAAUAAGAUUGAAACGUGUUUGUUUA